AUGUCAACUCCGAACCCAGCUUCGCCAUCACGACAGCCCCAGAACGGACCUCCACCAACACGGAAACACAACAAGAAAAAGUCAAGGUCAUCAUGGAAGGCUGGCUUCAAGUCCACCCCAUCCUCCCCCUCGCAGUCUAACCUCGACGGGCGCUCAACAGCUCCUGCUGCCCCAUUGACCGAGCUGUCUUAUGCCACCAAUACCAACACCAAUAUCAACACCAAGGCCAACAGCAGUACUGCCAGCACAAACAACUACAUCACGCUUGAACAUACCCCUCUCACAACAAGCGUACUCAGUAACGACAUCAACAACAGCAACAACAUCCAAAGUAGAGCAAAUCGCAACCCACAAUUAAUCACGGAUAAUCCGGAGGGAAAGGAGAACCGAUCACCACCUCAAACUCAACUACUUACCAACCUCAAAGUCGACACCUCUACCAAAGAGAGCUAUACUAGUAGCAACAUCACGACGACAACGACAACAACAACGACAGCAACAGCCGGCAAGGGACCGUCAACACCCAGGAAGAAUGAGUUUCUUCAGAAUCUGGACAUCCAACUUAUCAAGCUGCAGCGGGAAGAAGAACGCGGUCAGGGGUCACCUUCAAGUUCCAAGGAUACAAAGCAGACCAAUGGAACGCCAAGUGUCACAAAGCCAGGGAGCUCUAUCAAGGUCUUUGAUCACGAACUCUCUCAACUUCUCAAGACCCCUGCCCCAUCGGUAGCACCAGUUGGCGGAGAAGGCUCCCAAGUACUCAUUGAUGAUCUCAAGCUGAGGACUCUCAUUGGAUCGAUCUCACCGCCAGACCAUCCCACCGUUUCUCUCUGGGACUACCUCAAGGAGGAGCUCACCGCCGCCGACUUUGAAUCGACCCAGGAGCUCAAACGGGAACGAGUCGCCAACUUUCUCAGCGUCCCCAUUGCCUUUGAAAAGAUGCUUGUGUUUGGAUAUUUCGUCUGCCUGGACUCGUUCUUAUACACGUUUACCAUCCUACCAGCAAGGUUCAUGCUGGCCCUGGUGGCCCUCUUCCGCUAUGUGUUUUCCAGAACAUGGUUUUCCAAAAGCAAGGAGCGGACACGCCUCAAGUCGUCGCAAAAGUGCGAUCUUAUCAAGGUCGCACUAGUCGUUAUUGCGUGCACGAUUCUCCAGUCUGUCGACGCUUCCAGGACAUAUCAUUUCAUUCGCGGACAAAAUGCUAUGAAGCUCUAUGCCAUCUUCAACUGCCUCGAGAUCUUUGAUAGGCUGUGUUGCUCGUUUGGUCAGGAUAUUCUGGAUUCGCUGUUUUCAAAGUCAACACUUGGGAGCCACCCACCCAUGUCCAGCCUUACGGCGUCGAGACACGCACGACCCAUAACAUUUGUUCUCCUGGCUAUCUUGUACAUCUCCGUGAACUCGUACUCGAACGCGCUGUUGACCUUGCUCAUUAGCAACCAGUUUGUGGAGAUCAAGGGCAGUGUCUUUAAGAAGUUUGAGAAAGAGAAUCUCUUUCAGCUCAGCUGCAGUGAUAUCGUGGAGCGUUUCCAGUUGUCGGUGUUUGUGACGAUUAUCACGAUCAGGAACCUUGUGGAACUCUCGGCAGCACCCCCAUCACCUUUCUCAGUAUACCCACAGUCAUUUGUCCCUUUGUUUUCAUCCAUGACUGCCGUGGCUCGCCUGCUGACGCCAUGUUUCCUGGUCCUUGGUUGCGAGACUCUGGUGGAUUGGCUGAAGCAUGCCUUUAUUACCAAAUUCAACCAGAUCCGGCCUAGUGUCUAUGGGCGCUUUGUCGAUAUCCUCAGCAGGGACUUGGUUGUUGGAAGCCCUGCUCGUCUCGCCGGCCGGAACAACCAGCAACAGAUGUACGUGGAUCAAUCGCCUAUGGUAUCCAGGAGAAUUGGAUUGGCAGCGUUGCCAUUGGCAUGCCUCGUGAUCUGUGUGACUAUCCAGACCCUGCAGAUGGUCAUGUCGACAUCACCUUCGGAUCUUGGACGGGACGGAUCUCCACCCAUAAUGGCCGAGACCUUUGCGGCAUCCGCUACCGUGUUGACGUUUGGUCAGAUAUCGUUCGAGUGGAUCAUGCCUCCGAUUGACUUUUCCUCAGGGGCGGCAGUAGUGUCUGCAGGGAUCAUUGAGGCGUUGGUCUCGCUCUUCAAGGUUGCCUGGCAGUUUUUGGGGCAGUGUUUAGUAGUUGUUGGACAGGUGGCGUUGAGAUGGGCACAUCAAAUAGGAUUCAGUCAGGAGCUGGGCCGCAAGUUGAUGGAGUAUGCGGUGAUCAGUCUGGCGUGUCUGGCGACGUUUGCAUGCUUGGUGGCAUUGAAGAUGUUGAUUGGGAUCAACCUGUUGGGGUUUGCGCACCAUCGGUAUAUGACGAUGGAGUCUCGGGAAAGAGUCGAGAGACAGGCGGACAGGGCGAUGAGAGAGUCGAAUGCGGCGCUGGAGGAGAAGGCGGUGAGUGCGGCGGUAUCGGGGAUGCUUGAUGGACGGACAGCGGGAGGACAGGCGAAUAGCGAUGCGUUUGGGGUGAAUGGGGAGAAGCGGGUCAACCAUGGGUUGGAUACGAUUGACCGGUACACGCUAUACAAGUCGCGUAUUCCUUAG